CUCCGGAGGAUGACGACAUCUAAGACUAUAUAAGCUGAAAGUGAAAGUAAAGAUGCCAGAAUGGAUCAGCACCUCCCCAAGGCAAGUUUGCAAAGACCACAGAGGGCAUCAUGACGUCACACGGCUGUUAUCUCUGCCUGUUGCUUUUAAGUGUAAUCCUGAUCGAGCCAUCAGACGCAAACUGUAUGGAGCACUUUGAAAAAGGAGGAUUGACAAAAGCAUUAAGUACGCUCCCAGAGAAUAUUCCUGUCAAAAUAAUGAACAAGUCCGAGGACAUCGUUGUAUGUAGUUUAAUGAAAGACGAAGACUGUAACAACAAAAAAGAAGAAACCUGUUUUCUACGGGAGUGUUUUAAGGACUAUAAACCGCCAUGUAACGAGAAGGCUAAGGACAUCAAUGUCUCUUUCUACCACUUCAUGUGCUUGACAGAUAUAGCCAAGCGUCUACGAGAUAAACCGCCUGAAGUCUGUGAAGUGUACAAAAAAUUAUGUGGGGAAGAUUCUGCCACCACAGCACCGACCAUCGAAGCAACACCAUCAACAGCACCGACCAUCGAAGCAACCCCAUCAACACCACUGCCAACAACACCGAACAUCGAAGCAACACCAUCAACACCACUGCCAACAACACCGAACAUCGAAGCAACACCAUCAACACCACUGCCAACAACACCGAACAUCGAAGCAACACCAUCAACACCACUGCCAACAACACCGAACAUCGAAGCAACACCAUCAACACCACUGCCAACAACACCGAACAUCGAAGCAACACCAUCAACACCACUGCCAACAGCACCGACCAUCGAAGCAACACCAUCAACAGCACCAGCCAUCGAAGCAACACCGACCAUUGAAGCAACAACAAAAAACCCAAGCACAGCAUCAACAACAAAAACAACAUCGUCAACAACAAGUACAACCGCAGCAUCAUCCCUGGUGAAUUCACAGCAGAAGAGUUCUCUUCUAGAGUAACAACCUAUCUCCUGGAUUCUCCUCCAUGCUCUUGAGAUUGUGCUGGGACACAGCAAACCUGCUGACAAUAACACGUAUCCUGGAUGAGAUGGACUGCCUGUGCAACCUCUGUAUCCGUAUCGCCUCAUGCUACCAGCAGCCAAAUGCAAAACUAGUGAACAAACAGUAAGAAAAGAUGAGAAUGGAAAAGUGUCCCCCACAUGUAAAACCAUUAUCUCUCAUUGCUGCCCUUGUAGUGCACCUGUCAUCAAUUUCAUUAACACUAAAGCAGAUGAAACUGAUCAACAUCCCCCCUCUGGUACUUACAACUGAGCAGAUCAGUGACCUACAAGUUUAACUAACUUGAUGCUGUACUCUGAUUUAAAAACUGUUCCUUGCAGUUGUACUCAUAGUCUUUCCUUUCU